AUGCUUGGCGCGCACAGCUUCGCCGGCAGGCGCAAGACUAUCUACUUGGGUCUCGCUUUCGCCGCGGCUGUAGUUUGCUUCGUGAACUUGAUUUUCUUGACGCGUGGUGUUGAUCAUACCGUCAUUAGCCUUCCCGGUCUCAACCUGUUGCGUCCACACCACAAACAAAUUGAGGGCACCUAUGCGCACGAUCAACAUCCCAUCGCGGGUUUGAUGAAAGAGGCCGACCAACAAUGGCGCCAGUACGAUGAGAGCCGCUCGACAAGUUUCCGCGAAGCGGUGGUCAAAUACCGCGAUACUUACGGACGCCAUCCCCCACCCGGAUUCAAAGAAUGGUAUGAACUUGCGCGCAAGAAGCAUGUCCACAACGUCGACGACUUCCAGCAAAUCACAGGCGAUUUGCGUCCUUUCUGGGCUAUUCCUCCGCAUGAAAUCCGAAAGAUGGCUGCAAAGCUGCAAUUGAGCGAUGGAAUUGCUGGAGUGCGCCUUCGGGACCAUGAGGUGGUCUCUCACACAGAAGGCUGGCGCGUGGAAACGCUUGCGCGCUCGGUUGGACGUAUUGCCAAGUAUUUGCCCGACAUGGAUAUCGCGAUGAACACUAUGGACCAGCCCCGCGUCAUGGUUACGCACGAAGACAUCCAAAACUACUUGAAGAUUGAAGAAAGUACAAGAGGAAUGCCUUUGGAUGCUGCGGAUCGUUUUACCAAAGACAUGGAUUCUUACUGGAACAGCGAGAGUAGCAGUGCCUACGACGACAUGGAUCCCGCAUGGUUCUCCGUUGCUGGAAAGCCAUAUACCGACUUUUCCAAGGAGGCCUGUCCGCCCGAGUCUCCCGCAAAUGCCAACAUGACCGUUGAGGAGGCAGACAAAUUGUACAAAACAUCCUUGGGUGGUUUUAUCUCGAAUUUUACGGGUUCCUCGGACCUCUGCAACGUGGGACCUGUCCUCGGUGAUCAGCACGGCUUCCUUUUCUCGGCUUCCAGUAACACCAUCACGCGAAAGCUGAUCCCCGUGUUCAGCGAAUGCAAGGUCAGCGUCAACAACGACAUAUUGUUCCCCGCAAACAUGUAUUUCUUGCAGGACGAGCGCUAUGUUUACAACUCCAAGCACGACUGGGAAUGGGAAGACAAGACGGACACGAUGCUUUGGCGUGGCCGCUUUGUGAAGGCCACCAACGCCACCGAAAUGGCCUCGAAGAAUGUCACCAUCCUUUCCAAAGACCAUGGAAAGCAGUAUGAGCUGAUUCCCGACUAUAAUCCCUCCGAGUUUGCCUCCACGUACUUUGAUGUCGGCUUCACCGAGGCCUGGGGCUGUAUUCCCAACUGUUCAUUCUACGACGGUGUGUGGACUUACAAGGAGCCCAAGAAAUUCCCAGAACAAUUCAAGGCGAAAUACUUGGCCGAUAUUGAUGGCCACAGUUUCUCUGGCCGCUGGCGCGCCUUCCACCAAAGCAAGUCAUUAGGACUCAAGGCCACCAUCUUCCGCGAAUGGCACGACUCCAGACUCUUCGCCUGGCGCCACUUUGUCCCUAUGGACAAUCGGUUCACCGAUCUAUACGCCUUGAUGACCUAUUUCAUUGGAGUCCAACCCCCUGCAUCGGAAGGCGCCGUCCCAAACCAUGGGCCUUACGUCCCUAGCCAUGAUUUCGAAGCCGAGGUCAUCGCCGCCCAGAGCCGCGAAUGGGCCCAGGCUGCGCUGCGUGACGAGGACUUGGACAUUUACCUGCAUCUUCUCCUCCUUGAGUAUGGGCGUAUUAUCGAUGACAACCGCGAUCAUAUUGGGUACAGUGGUGAUGGAAGCGAGUUGGACCACUUCGACGAGAGCCACCCAUUCCCGCCGCCCCUGGAACCUCUUGUGGUGCAAGGCUGA